AUGAAUUUCCUAUCAAAUUUAACCAAGAAUGAUGAUGCCGCACAACUACACAAAGUUCCCGGUGCCGGCGACGACCAAGCCGGCGAGGCCCAAGCCGGCGAGGCCAGCCAGAAGCCCACCACGAGCGAUCUAAUACACAGUGCCCAGGUGGUGGCGGGUGCAGCGCAGGCCCACUUCGGCAGCGAGCCGGAGAAGUUCGACAAGGGAGAGGUCGCCGGCGCCUCUGCUGACCUCAUCGGCGCCGCCUCUGACUACGCCAAGCUCGACGACAAGCAGGGUAUCGGGAUGUACGUCGACAAGGCCGAGGACUACCUCCGCCACUACAAGGGCGCCGACGCCCCCGCUGCCAAGCCAGAGGCCGCGGGCGGCGAAGGCGCGGAUAAGAAGGCCGACGACGGCGGUCUCAUGAAGAUGGCCGGAGAUUUCUUGAAAAAAUAG